UUUUGUACGUUCUGAUCUGCGGAUCAGCUGGGCGAAGCAAUAACAUCACAGUAUCUGCCGGGAAGAAAACAAGCUGCAGAUACUACGAUUAAAACGUUGUGUGAAUCAAAAUUUACACGCAGACUUCUUCUAAGAAGAAAUACAUUUUCAUAUUUUUUGUGAAUUUACUACCUCAUAUAAAAGAACACCCAAGAUAUGCUUUAAGAUCAUUGCCGUUUUUAUUGUGUGGUCGUCGCGUUUACAACUUGAAUAAUCUUGCAGAUCUUUGCACAACGUGAACCAAGUGACACCUUCAAUUGUAUAGCGCCUUUUCUAAAACUCCUGUAACAACAACAAUACGGCCAAGAAACCUGUGAUCAACCUGCCCUCUGUUACAUCUUUUAGAAAACAACUACAUUAUCUAUAGUUCAGAAACAGUUUUUGUGAGAUAAACUUUUAAGGCAGCUAUCCCUUGGGAAAUAAAAACUGUGACCUUCGAACACUGAGGCAGCCAUGUUUCAGCGGCUCAGCGAUCUGUUCUUCGGAAGCGUGGAGCAAGUUACUCCAGAGCUGAGUGGACCAAAGCCCUCUGUGACUGAGGCUGAUGAAGAAGGAUGGCUUCUAGUCAACCUGCCAGGCGAGAAUGGGCCAAAGGCAGAAUCAGUAGCACAUGCCCAUCCUCACAGUGAAUGUCAUACAUCUAAAAUAUGUGGCUCAUCACCUCAUACCUGCAAAAAACGCAGAACUAGAGUGGCCAGGGUACAGGCAGGACAUCCCACUUCCCCUUCCAUAUACUCUUCUGGCCCCGUCCCCUUCUGUCACCUUGAAUCAGUAGAAGUGAAUGUGGUGUUAAGCAAGCAGGGCUCCUGUAGUGACUGCAGCAUGGAUGAGAGCUGGUUUGUCACCCCUCCACCCUGUUUUACUGCAGAGGGAGCCACAGCGGAGGCCAGCCCCAUGGAGGACCUUCUCAUCGAGCACCCCAGCAUGUCUGUCUACGUCUCACCUGGCCAUCUCCCUGCAAUGGAGGAGAGUGCCAUCAGCUUAGCUGGGAGUGUGAGCAGGAUGUCUGAAUCGGCACUUCCCGUUACCAGGAGCAGCAUGCCCACACGGGUAACACACGGAGCAGGCGCCCUGACUAAAAUCACCAAGGUCUCCAGGGUUCAGAGGGCCAAAGCUCGCACUGAGCGUCGCCAUCUGGGACGCAAUCUCAUGCAGCGCCAAAACCGUGCGCGUGAACAGGUCCAACGCCGUGCAACCCACACCCGCAACUCCUUCCUGCACCAACCGUGCCAGCGCAACUUCUGCCACUGAGGCACCUAAAGUUUACAAUGAGGGCAUUAUUAUACACAAACACCCCACAGCCCCUCUACUUUCUUAGUUACCCCUUUCUUUUACUGGUUUUGCAUCGAGUUUAUUAUGAAUUAAGUUUGUCUAGCCCCUCAUUGAGCACAAGUAAGUGCAUGUAUAUCUGCUCCUCGGUUUUAUCUGACAGCCCACCACAAAGCACAAUUUCUAAAAAAAUUUCAGCAAGAAGAUGCAUGUUUUCUGACUAAAUUAGACCCCAAAAGCAGAGGUGGCAGGAAGUAUAUCUAAAAUGAGAUGUAUGCAAAUUCUGUAGGUAGCUCUCUAGUACAAAUAUUAGAUCUAAAACACAAACAAUUCAGUUGUAUGAUUCUGGCAUAGUGGACUAAAUCUUAUGUUUCCUUUUUAUACUUUCAUAUUAGUGUAAUCAGGUAAAUUAUCCCAACCUUGUUGAAAGGUUUAGAACAUAACCUAUGAAUUUGUUUUCGGGCUGCUGAGAUUCACAGAUAUCCAGAUAGGUUCGCCAUGUAUCUCAUGUACUAAUUUCACCUUAGUAAAAGCAGCUACUACAUUGAUCACUUUUGAAAACGACAAUUAAAAGAAAGUAUAUAAAAAAUGUGUGAACAUGAAAAACAGACUAAAUAGACGUUUGCAGAGCAAGACAAUGAGUAGAGAAAAUUCAUUUGUAAAGAAGAACAUUUUAAAGCAUAUGUUAAAACAAAAAACGCUUUUAAGUAGUCAUUUUAACACCCGAAACUGUGUUUAAAACUAUGCUAUUACAUGAGCUCUGUUGCAAACCCUAAACCCCUGACUCCUCAUAGAAAGUAGCAUCUUAGGUUUGCUUCAGAUGCAAAGGAUGUUCCAAAAUUUUGCAGAAACAUUUUAUCUUUUGCAGAUUUGGUAAUAUGCUAUUGUGAUGCCAUCCCAGGAACAAUGACGAGAUAAAAAUAUAGAUGGAAAAAAAUGUCAUUUUAAAAUAUAUUUUGUUUAAUAAUUAUAAAUACAAUAAAAUAGUAAAUCAAAUAGCUAUUGAAAUAAUGAAAAUGACUUAUUUUAACAAAUAUUUGUGCUGUGAAUAGUUUCAUUAGCUUAGCAACAUGCUAAAAGUAAAAUCUAGUCACAAAACUAAAAAACUGUGGCAUCUAAAGUUGCCCAUGAAGAGUGGCUUAAAUAAGUUAUGAAAUGUCCUACCUUGGAGGGCAGCAACCUCUUCGUCCCAAUUGCCCUGCGUCCCAAUUCGCCUAUUAAUUUCAAAUGGUGUUCAAAAUAAGAAUUAAUAUGUCCCAAAUUGUAGUAUGUUUAAAUGAGUAUCAUUACCUGAUAGUACCCGCAUGGCCUACUAUUUCUGGUCAAAAUUCAAAGUGUGGAUCCAAGAACACUUUAACGACUGACCAAGUUUAGUUACACUGCACUUAAUUAAUAAAUCAAUUCAGCAAUUAAAUGAUAUGUUAAUUUAUUAAUAAAGUGCAGUGUCACUAAACUCCUUCAGUGAGAUGUUGGUAUCAGUCAUUAUAAAAUAGUAGAAAUAAUAAAGGAAAUAAUGAAUGAAGAAAAGCUGAAAUGCAAGAAAGAGUUGUAUUUUGAUGUUUGUUAACGAUCACAAUGUUGUCUAGUCAACAACGUUCACUUCCAUUAUGUGUUAGUAAGUAUGUCCCAGUAUAUAUAUACUUUCCCAUAGCAAAAACAGUGCAUACUUUUAGGGCAUUGUAGGCUAUAAGCAGGCAAAUUGGGAUGUAGCAAUGGUCUUUCAGCUUUGAUGGAGGGUCCAUCAUGACAUAGCUCAAAGUAUGGCAGGAACGCGUUACUGAGAAGAUGUAUUUAGUGAUUUAAAGUUAUCUUUUAAGUAUAUUGCUGUUUAGCGUUUCCUUAAAACAUAAACAUCUAAACAUGAAGUAGUUGCAUGUCAACAUCCAAUCUACACAUGGAGAAGAUCAUAGGGGUGUCAGGGCAGUGUGCAAUGUCAUUUCAGGUCACAUUAUCAACAUGAAUACAGAGACAUUACCAUGUGAUAUGGAUUAUUAUAAGUUUUCUUUGUGGAAGAAUGUUGUUGGGUGCAUCUCAUAAAACCAUGUAUGGGUCAUGUGCCCUCGGAUAAAUAGAUUUAUAUAAAGUGUAAUUGACAAACACAGGAGUUUAAAUUAGUCAUUGCUGCAGAAAGUACAGGGAGGAGAGAGGGGAUCGGCAAAUGACCACGAGCCGGGAAUCGAACUCGGGUCGCUGAAAGUGCAAAAGCACCACAUGUCGGAGCGCUGCCCACUAUACCAUCGGUCAGCGCUGACAAUUAAGUAGUUUUUACAAAACAAACCUUACAAAAACAUUACUGGUGUGCAUUUUGAGACAAAACAAUAGCCCUUAUAUAUGUUAAGAUACGUCAGUUCAAGAUGUUUUUAAAUGAAGGCAGCUUAAACAGGCAUGUUAGUCUGGGACAAGGAUAAACUCUGUCCGGAAUACCGCCACAUAAUGUUAACCCUUAAAAUAAUUUCCAGGACAAUUUCCUGUUCAGCACAUGCUUAUGUGAGAAAUAACUGUGAACACGGAUUGAAAGAAAACUACUGAUGUUGUUUGGUCCUUUUCUCAAAUAAUCUAUUAUUUACAAAAGGCAGUUUGUUGCAUUGAUUAUAAUGUUUCGUUAUUAUCAAUUAUAAGAUUGUGCUUUACUUUUAUUCAACAUUUUCAUUGUAGUCUAAUUGAAAUUUGUUUGUGCAAGUUUUCAGGAUCUUGCUUGUGACAGACCAUGCACACAUACUCUUACACUAACACAAAUGUUGAAUCCUAAAAUGUGCACUUCCUUAAUAGUCAGUGAAUACUCUGCACAUUUAUGGGAAUUCACCACAUUGUGAUCUAUCUCAUAUGUGUAUUCAGUAAUGAAUAGACUAACAAUGGUGCUAAGAAUAUAUGACUGUUUGUACAUUUAUGAGACAUUUAAGAGAGAGAGUCUUAGGUUUUAUGAAAAAUUAUGGUAUUUAGCAGUAAGCUGUUUUGUUGUAAUGGUCAAUGAGAUGCCAACAUGCAUGGGUUGGGGGAAAAGCUAUCAUAAAAGGUAAACAAAUGCAGUUCAGUGUUUAAGUUAUUCAUUUAAAAAACAUCUUCCCGUUUGAAUGGCAUCGUUUUACUUUAUAUGUAAGCCUAUUGUUCCACAUACUUGAGUAGAUAUUCUUCUACUUGGUGUUGUUACUACAAACCAACAUUUGCCAUGUUGUCUUUACCACUGUCUGCUAUACCUUGCACCUCUUGCAUAAGGAGGAAAACAUUUGAUUUUACAUGCAAUUUUGUUUCAUUUUCUGUUUAAUCAUUUUUGUUAUACUUGUUUAUAGUCUUUCUUGUUACUUGCCAAAAUCAGUACAAUUAUUAUUGUGGUAGUAGGCUAAAGCUCUAUAUUAACAAAACAAUGUAAUUAUAUAUAAUUGAAUUCUAAAUGCUUUUAUUUCUUUGUUUGAAUGUAAAAUGUGUGAACUUUAUCAAUACCCUACAGAGAUCCCUGUAAGAACGUCAGUGGUGUAUCUAGAAAAAUCCAAUGCCCUGUAGCCCUACAAGGGUCCUAAACAUGGUCCACUUAAAAGCUGUCCUCUCUUCACAUGGUUUUCGUAGUAACAUCUAGUGUAGUAGAUGCAGUGGACAAUGCAAUAUUAUAUAAUGAACAUAAAAACAAUGAUCUCUGCCUAGAGAUCCACCACUUUUGUUCACCAUCACAGCUAGACACUAUAUGUUUUUUGUGUGUGUGUGUGUGUGGGUGUUUAAGUGUGACUAUUUAAUUUGUAGAAUUAAGAUGUCUGGUAGUCCUCACAAGAGGCUUGUACAGCUGGCAGAUAUAUAGUUAUUGUGAUUUAAAGGAAUAGUUCACAUGUUAAUGAAAACUAUCCCAUAAUUUAUUCACUCUCAUUCCAUCCCAGGUGUAUUUAACUUUGUUUCUUCAGCUGAACACAAUCCUAUUGUAUGGUUUUGCAAGGCAUACUGCAGUUGACCACCUUUCAAGGGCAUGUAAGAGCAAUACGUAAUGGCAUGAGGGUACAUAAAUUAUGAGAUCAUUUUAAUUUUUCCAAUAACUAUACCUUUAAAGGUGGGUAGCAGGUUGAUUUAAAACAUGAAAUGAUAAAGGACAACAACAACAAAAAAUGCUUCAUUUUGUUAAUAGAAGAGAUAUUCAACUUAGUAACAAAAUACAAAAAGAGUAUUAAAAAUGAUUGCUGUAUGUACCGGUAAUAUCUUUGGCGAUUGUGCCUUUUCUGCACUAUUCUGCAUGGUUUUCAUGAUGUGCCAACUGUUGAUUUCAUCCAUAUUACAUGGGCAUCAGAGACCUAUGCAAAAUACUACUAUGAGUUUCCAGCAUCCAUUCAGAAAUGCAGGUACCAGACUACAAUAAACACUCAGGAUGAAACUGCAA